CUGCUUGUUUACUUACGUUUAAUAAAAGACAGACUGCGUCGAAGUCAGUGUGGCUCAGAGGCAGCUCUGCGUGUUGGUUAUUUGUGCGCAUGUGACGGGAACGCGCACGAUGCGCAGCAGCACGCUCGUGCACGCCGCUGCGCGUUUCUGCGUGCAGUCACUUUGGCGCACGGACCUCUCCAAGUUGAGAGCGCGAGAUCAUCCUCGACUUCGAUCUGCUUUAACUUCACUUUGCAAAGGUUGGUCAUGGGAAACAGGUUUAGUAGAAGGCGAGAUGCUCCGGCCAACGUUGCUGGGACGGUGGCCGCUGAGCAGAAGACCGUAGCGACGCCCAAGCAGACUGAAGAUCCGGUGGUGACACAGACUCAGGAGACGGAAGAUCUAGAAGUGAUGGCACCAGAUGCGUCUUCACCCAAAGAGGAGUGUGUGAGGAGUGUGGGUGAUGCAGAAUCAGAGCCCACAACAGAGGAACCUCAAGUUUUAACCUUCAAGAUUUCAGAUCCAGAGGACUUAGCACAACCUGAAGUAAUGUUUGAAGCUCUAAAACCUGACCCAGUUUCUGUUCUUGAAUCAGAGCCUGCAUCCCACCCAGAGGCAGAUGCUGAGCUCCUCUCUGAGCCAGUACCAACUCCAGCUGAGGCUCUAGAGCAGCCCGAAGAUCUGCUCAAUCAAGAAUCAGUCCUUUCUUCACCCCCAUUCAUCGACUUCCUUGAUGUUGCUUCUUCACCAACUCUCAUCUCUGCUUCCCUCCAUCCAGACGAGUCAUCUGGCGUUUCAGGAGGGGAGCAAUGUGAGGUUGGGCGUUCCAUGCUAGAGCCAGAGAAGCUCCCAGGAAUUACAGAAUUCCUGGACAAGCCGAUGGAGGCGGAGGCUGCCGAAUGUUUGGAGAUGCCUGUGAGUGAUGUCAACGAGGAGAACGUUAGCGAAGUCCUGAAAAAUUCAGAGUUGAAAGGAAGUGACUUUCUGAAUGACAUCAUCGAGAGCGAAGUCAAGAUCCCAGAAGACACGCCCAUCACAGACCUGAGCACGCCCAUCGAGCUGAUGUGAAUCCAGUCGAGGAUUUAAGGCAACGAUGUAAGAUUUUCCUGUGAAAUCUUAACAUUUUACAGAAAUCUGAACAGAAAAGAGGACUUCAAUUCCAACAGCCUUUUUGCUUUAAAAUGAAACGAAUGUACCAUAACUGACCUGAAGUCUGCAUAUUGAGACUUUUUGGUUUAUUUUCAUUAAAUUCGAGCUGCUGGUUUGAAUUCAGAAGUUGAAACAGCAGCUGCAUUUAUCACCAGACAACAGAGAUCUUCCUCUUUGCAAGUUUAUCGACCAAAUAUUUAAGCUUUUGUCACACUUUGUAGAAAUAAAAAUGCCAUGUUUAAAAAAAGUUCUACGUCUCUGAGAAGAACACAAAACUGAGUCACACUUGUAAAGGAACCAAAUAGUUCAGGUGAGGGACAGGGGCGGAGUUAGGCCUGGCUACUUGGGCUCAAGGCCCGAAUGUUUUAUGAAAAGCCCCGGAUCUAAAACGCGGAAGUAACAUGCAGUACCAAAGUCCAACAGAGAGGGAGCAGCUGGCAGUAGUUUGUAUACAGCCUGCCUGAGCCUCCACCACUGAAGAAGAAGCCCUUCAGCAGCCGGCUUCUUCUACACUCUCUGCCUGAAACGCAUGAGUGAAGAUGGACAUAAGGAUGUUUUUAGACCAAAAGUACCGCGACAGAACCCCAGCUUUGAUGAGACUGGUGUUGACUCAGGUUUGUGAGUCUUAUUUGAAAACACUAACAGGAACAAUACUCUGCCCUGAAUAUGCUUAAUAUGUAGCUUCAGAUUAAAAAUUAUGUGGUACAACACAAAUAUAUAUGAUGUUGACUAGUGUGUGUCACGUGUGUGUGUGUGUGUUAAGCCCCGGAUCUUCUUCAGUCCUAAAUCCGCCCCUGGUGAAGGAGAAGAAAAUACAAUCAAAGAUUCGCUCAGUUCUAAAGUACGACUAGUUUUCAUGCAUUAACACGGGGAUGUUUGAACUUUUUAUUAGUACUCACGAUGAAAUGAAGGUCAUUUUUAAUAAAGAAGUGGCUUGCAUCAAAUAAAAUCAAGAUAUCUGUG